GGUCUCCUUCAUCCCUGCAAGUUCUGGGCUCAGAUUUUGUAACUAAGGCCACUAACUCUACCUAUAUUCUGUUCUACCCCUAGCUGCAGCAGCUCUUGAUAAAAAUGGUUUUAUGGCUGUAGCAUAAGACUUCAAGCAGUUGGCUAAUUACUGGAGAAAUAAAGGAUAUUGCCAGAUUGACUGUCCUGUCUAUAGAUAUGUUAGCCUCAAGAAAGAGGAUGACCAGUUCUUCACGCUCACAAAUCCUUCUAAUGUGGAAGCCAGACAAAGUUCAAAGUGGAACCCACAAUGUUGAGAAGCAAACCCUUACUUCAAGACUCUUGCGUGACACUGAGACCUGUCGGCAGAAUUUUAGGAAUUUUCUGUACCCAGACCUGGCUGGUCCUCGAAAGGCAUUGAGUCAACUCCGAGAGCUCUGCCUUAAGUGGUUGAGGCCUGAGAUUCACUCAAAGGAACAAAUCUUGGAGCUACUGGUGCUGGAGCAGUUCCUAACCAUCCUGCCUGGGGAGGUUAGGACUUGGGUAAAGUCCCAGUAUCCAGAGAGCAGCGAGGAAGUGGUGACUCUGGUAGAGGAUUUGACUCAGAUUCUAGAAGAGGAAGUUCCUCAGAACGCUGCUCUUUCCCAGGUGAUUCAAGAGGAAGAUCCCAGAGGAAGGCAUGCUUUCGAGGCAGGGUGGCUCAAUGACUUGGUAACCAAAGAAUCAAUGACAUUCAAAGAUGUGGCUGUAGACAUCACCCAAGAGGACUGGGAGCUAAUGCGUCCUGUACAGAAGGAAUUGUACAAGACGGUGACAUUACAAAACUAUUGGAACAUGGUUUCWCUAGGACUGACCGUCUACAGACCAACUGUGAUUCCCAUAUUGGAAGAACCAUGGAUGGUGAUAAAAGAAAUUUUAGAAGGCCCUAGUCCAGAAUGGGGAACUGAAGCCCAAACAUGUACUCCAGUAAAAGAUAUUCCUAAACUCAAACAGGAUGGAACCCAGACCAUCAAAUUGGAAGAACCAUAUGACUAUGAUGACAGAUUAGAGAGAAAAACUACAAACGCCUUCAAGAAAUUUCCCACUAAUGAGUAUGAUUUCAGUUUGAAGUCUGAUUUUUCACAAGAAGAUGAUCCUACAGAAGAAUAUCUUAGUAAAUAUGAUAUAUAUAGAAAUGAUUUUGAAAAGCAUUCAAACCUAAUUGUACAGUUUGAUACACAAUCAGAUAAUAAAACUUCUAUCUAUAAUGAAAGCAAGGCAAACUUCAGUAAUGUCUCAUAUGGUAUUGUACAUGGGAAAAUACUUCCUGGAGAGAAGCCUUAUAAAUGUAAUGUGUGUGGGAAAAAAUUUAGGAAAUACCCAUCCCUCCUGAAACACCAAAGUACCCAUGCCAAAGAGAAAUCUUAUGAAUGUGAAGAAUGUGGGAAAGAGUUUAGGCAUAUCUCAUCCCUAAUUGCACAUCAGAGAAUGCAUACUGGAGAAAAACCAUAUGAAUGUCACCAGUGUGGUAAAGCCUUCAGCCAGCGUGCACACCUCACSAUACAUCAGAGAAUUCACACUGGAGAGAAACCCUAUAAGUGUGAUGAUUGUGGAAAAGACUUUAGCCAGCGUGCACACCUUACUAUACAUCAAAGGACACAUACUGGAGAGAAACCAUAUAAAUGUUUGGAAUGUGGUAAAACCUUCAGUCAUAGUUCAUCACUGAUUAAUCAUCAAAGAGUUCAUACUGGAGAAAAACCUUACAUAUGCAACGAAUGUGGGAAAACUUUCAGUCAGAGUACACACCUUCUGCAGCAUCAAAAAAUACAUACUGGGAAAAAACCAUAUAAAUGCAAUGAGUGUUGGAAAGUUUUUAGUCAGAGCACUUACCUUAUUCGACAUCAGAGAAUUCAUUCUGGAGAGAAGUGUUAUAAAUGUAAUGAAUGUGGAAAGGCCUUUGCUCAUUCCUCAACUCUUAUUCAACAUCAAACUACUCACACUGGAGAAAAGUCCUAUAUAUGUAAUAUAUGUGGGAAAGCCUUCAGCCAGAGUGCAAACCUCACUCAGCAUCAUAGAACACAUACUGGAGAGAAACCAUAUAAAUGUAGUGUGUGUGGGAAGGCAUUCAGCCAGAGUGUGCAUCUUACUCAACAUCAAAGGAUUCAUAAUGGAGAAAAACCCUUUAAAUGCAAUAUAUGUGGGAAAGCUUAUAGACAGGGUGCAAAUCUUACCCAACAUCAAAGAAUUCAUACUGGAGAGAAACCCUAUAAAUGUAAUGAAUGUGGGAAAGCUUUUAUUUAUUCUUCAUCACUUAAUCAACAUCAGAGAACUCAUACUGGGGAGAGACCCUAUAAAUGUAAUGAAUGUGACAAAGAUUUUAGCCAGAGAACAUGCCUUAUUCAACACCAGAGAAUUCACACAGGAGAGAAGCCCUAUGCAUGUCGUAUAUGUGGUAAAUCUUUCACUCAGAGUACAAACCUUAUUCAGCAUCAACGUGUUCAUACGGGUGUCAAACAUCGUAAUUAAUGGAUAUGGGAGACUUCAUUUAGGUUUUUCAACUUGAUCCUUAAGUUUUACUUUGUGUGCUCUGUGUGUUAAAACAUUAAAAAUAAAUCUGAAGAAGUGCAAUAUGUUAGAUACUCAGCAGAAGUAUCCAUAUUAGUAAUAUGGAUAUAACUCAUUUAAAUUUGAUAUGAAGUUUUAAAAGGAAACUUCACUGAGUUAGCCUUUACUUGAUAUCAACUUAAUUCAUUUCAGAGAAAAAUAUGAAAUUGUAUUCAAAAACUUGUAACUCAUCAACUC